UCCCAGUCCUCAGAGACCUUUGGCCAACUCUAUUGAUCUGGACUCCUGCAUAGGCGGGUGGACAGACGGACAGACGCCAUGAGGACUCUGCUGCUCCUGGGGUCCCUGGUGGUGAUCCUGGAACCAGCGCUUAUGACUCCACGUUGGAAAAACCUCAAGGUGCCUAAGCCCGUAGAAGAUGAACACACAGUGGUUCUCACUGUCACUGGGGAGCCCUGCUACUUCCCUUUCCAGUACCGCCGGCAGCUGUAUCAUCAGUGCACCCGCAGGGGCCGAAUUGGCCUCCGGCCCUGGUGUGCUACUACCCCCAACUUUGACCAGGACCAACGAUGGGGAUACUGCCUGAAGCCCCAGAAAGUGCAAGACCACUGCAGCACACACAACCCCUGCCAGCGGGGCGGCACCUGUGUGAACAUGCCAGACGGCCCUCGCUGCAUCUGUCCAGAACACUUCACGGGGAAGCACUGCCAGAGAGAGAAGUGCUUCGAGCCCCAGCUUCUCCAGUUCUUCCACGAGAAUGAAACAUGGCAUAGGCUUGAGCCGGCAGGCGUGGCCAAGUGCCAGUGCCAAGGCCCCCAAGCCCACUGCAAGCCCCUGGCCAGCCGGGUCUGUAGCAACAACCCAUGCCUCCACGGCGGCCGCUGCCUCGAGGCGGAGGGUCACCAUCUGUGCAGUUGUCCCGAGGGCUACGCGGGACGCUUCUGCGACGUGGACAAAGAGGCCAACUGCUACGAGGGCCUUGGGUUGGGCUACCGAGGCGCUGCUGGGACCACGAUCUCGGGCGCGCGGUGUCAGUCUUGGUCGUCGGAGAUCACUUACCAGAACCUGACUACAGAGCAAGCACUGAAUAGGGGACUGGGCCACCAUGCCUUCUGCCGGAACCCAGACAAUGACACUCAGCCGUGGUGUUUCGUGUGGAGCGGCAACCGGCUGAGCUGGGAAUAUUGCGACCUAGCACGAUGCCAAGCCCCAACCCUAUCAGCGCCCCAGACCCAGUCUCCAUUACGGGGACCCCUUAUGCGCCUGGAGCGCCCCCUACCCUCGCGUUCAGCAUGGCCAGAGCCUCAGGUCACGACCCAGACCCCAGCCUUGGGCGCGAUGCCGAAGCCCCCUGUGCUCCGGGACGAGAUGCCGGGGGUCCGGGACGAGAUGCCGGGGAGGCCACCCGUGCUCUGGGAGGAGAUACUGGAGAGGCCACCCGUGCUCUGGGAGGAGAUACCAGAGCUGCCCUGGGAAGAUAUGCGUGGGAGCCCCCCCAGGCUCGGAAUCGGAGCCACCUGCGGACAGAGGCUCCGGAAAGGGCUGUCCUCCCGGAAACGCGUCGUCGGGGGACUGGUGGCGCUGCCCGGCGCGCACCCCUACAUCGCCGCGCUGUACUGGGGCCACAGUUUCUGCGCCGGCAGCCUCAUCGCCCCUUGCUGGGUGCUGACCGCAGCUCACUGCCUGCAGAACCGGCCGGCGCCGGAGGAGCUGACUGUGGUGCUGGGCCAGGACCGCCACAACCAGAGCUGUGCGCAGUGCCAGAUCCUGGCCGUGCGCGCCUACCACCUGCACGAGGACUUCUCACCCGUCACCUACCAGCACGACCUGGCGUUGCUGCACCUGCAGGAGAGCCAGGACGGCAGCUGCGCACGCCGGUCGCCUGCCGUGGGGCCCGUUUGCCUGCCGAGCGGCGCCGCUCGCCCCGCCGAACCCGAGGCCGCGCUCUGCGAGGUAGCCGGCUGGGGCCACCAAUUCGAGGGGGCGGAGGAAUAUGCCAGCUUUCUGCAGGAGGCGCAGGUGCCGCUAAUCCCUCACGAGCACUGCUCCGACCCUGAUAUGCACGGCAACGCCUUCUACCCCGGCAUGCUCUGCGCUGGUUUUCCCGAGGGGGGCACCGACGCGUGCCAGGGUGACUCCGGGGGUCCGUUGGUGUGUGAGGAGGAGGACGAAAAGCGUCAGCUCACCCUGCGAGGCAUCAUCAGCUGGGGCUCGGGCUGUGGCGACCGUAACAAGCCGGGUGUGUACACCGAUGUGGCCAACUACCUGACUUGGAUCCGUGAGCACAUGGCUUCCUGACCGCCCAGGAACUCCUCUUUUCCUCCUCGGUGGUCCUGGAAUGGGAGGAUGGCUGGGCCUGAUCCUGGACCGCAAGGAUGUGUUCCAGCACCGUCAGUCCGUCAGUCCGGCCCCAGGCACGGAGUAAACACUCAAUAAAGUGCUUUGGAAAUGCU